AUGCAAAACAACAUCUCAUUCUUUAUGACAAAUACUCAACCUUCUGCAGACAAUGUUAUCAUGGAUGACCAAGAUUUGGACGAAGUUCUUGACACUAAUGAACCAAGACCUUGGUUUCCCAUUGGGGACCUUAAGAACUUACCUACUGAAAUUUAUUCAGAUUGCACACUUUCAAGAACAGAACAUCAGAAAAUAUUACAUGGUAAGCCACGAAAUGCUGAAGUCAAUUAUAAACCCCCACAAAUGGAAUCAUAUUUUUUACGUGCUAUGUCAAAGCAACAAAAAGAAUUUGACAAGGUCAUCAGAAAUAUUUCUUACUGGACUUCUGCUAUUCUGUGCCCUAUUGAUAACAUCAAAAAAGCCUUAUAUGAAUCUAAACCAGGAGAUGAUGAUCAAGAGGCCAAACAAGGAUAUGAAUUGCUUCGAAAGUCAACUCAAAAUGCUAGAGACCUCUUAUGGGAUGCGUUAUCAUAUACCAAUGACUUACGAAGAGAAAUUGCACUUAAAGCUAUAUCUUCUGCUCAUGUCCCGACCAAAGAUAGGAAAGGUGUGUUCAGUGACAAGUUCAAAGACUUGGUUGAAGAAGAAAAUACCAAGUCUAAGCUAUUUAAUGAUGCCAAUAAAGAAAGACGCAGGUUUUAUUCCUCUAACAAAAUCAACAGUCACAAACUUACCCUUUUAGAAGGAUCACGUUUCAGAAUAAUCCCAGACGAUCAGAUUGGGAUCGCUUCAGAGGUUUCAAUAAAACAAGAAAAGCAAAACCAAAUAAGAAAAACUUUCAACUAG